UGUGACAAACCUUCAUAACCGGGGUCAAAAUGAAGGUUUGAGGUGGCAACCAGACGCGCCCUGAAUGUUGUUUCUUCGGUGAUUCGGACGGUGCAAGUUGCAACCAAGCAACUCUCGGAGGGAUGCAGAUAAGAUAAGAUCUAUAUAGCCUAGGUAAUCGGAGGCGGAGGAGAUCUUUCCACUGUGGGGUUAAAUCCCUCUUUCAGCGAAACAAAAAUAGAUAAAAGGAAACAUCCCGCAAGAAAACACAAAACUCCGACACCAACAACACCAACAACCGAAGCCAUGAAGAUCCUUGUUGUAGGUUCCGGAGGCAGGGAGCACGCUUUGGCAUGGAAACUCUCUCAGUCCCCCAAUGCAGAGGCAAUCUAUGUUGCUCCUGGUGGGUACCCUUUUGCACAAGACCCUUGAAUUGUGGGAAUUCUGUUAAUCUUUUUUUCUCCUAGGGAACGGAGGGACUGCGCAUGGAAUGAAAAAUGUUUCCAAUAUCAACAUUAGCGUUGGUGACUUUCCUGCUUUGGUUGCGUUUGCUACGAAAAACGGUAUAGAUCUUGUGGUACCCGGGCCAGAGGCGCCUCUGGUUGAUGGAAUUGAGGGAUAUUUCCGUAAAGGUAUUAUCCUAAAUUCUGUGACUAUUCUUGAGAACUAUUGUCCCUAAUCGAUAUCCUGAGAAAGUUGGCAUCCCAUGUUUUGGCCCUUCAAAAGAAGCCGCCCGUAUGGAGGGUUCAAAAGCAUUUUCCAAGGACUUCAUGCAAAGACACAACAUUCCCACUGCUGAAUAUCGUAACUUCACUGUCUACGAGGAGGCUAAGGCAUACCUCGAGAAAGUGGCUCAUAACGUUGUGAUCAAAGCUUCCGGUCUGGCCGCAGGGAAGGGUGUUAUCAUCCCAACAUCUAAAGAGGAAGCUUUAUCUGCGAUAAAAGAAAUGAUGGUAGGCAAGGAGUUCGGAGCCGCAGGUAAGCUCGUCAGGGACCUUCCCCGUACAUGGUUAUCCCUCUAACACAAUCUGCAGGAGAUGAGGUAGUUGUUGAAGAAUUUUUAGAGGGAGACGAGUUGAGUAUCCUGACAUUUAGUGAUGGUUACACAACGGUAUCCCUUCCACCCGCCCAGGAUCACAAAAGAAUAUUUGAUGGCGACCAGGGUCCUAAUACCGGUGGUAUGGGAUGCUAUGCUCCAACCCGCAUUGCCCCGCAAGCUGUUAUCGAUGAGAUUCACAGAACGAUUCUGCAGCCAACAGUUGAUGGAAUGAGGCGUGAAGGAUAUCCUUUCAAGGGGAUGCUCUUUACCGGCCUGAUGAUGACCAGGAGCGGACCCAAAGUAUUAGAGUACAAUGUCAGAUUUGGUGAUCCAGAGACGCAAACUAUUCUGCCCUUGAUUAGCGAAGACACAGAUUUCGCGGAAGUAUUGCUAGCUGCUGCAAAUGGAUAUCUUGACGGGGUGAAGAUCAAGAUCAAUCCUGGCUUCGGAGCAACUGUUGUUGCUGCUGCGGGAGGAUACCCUGGGUCAUACGCCAAAGGAGAGGAAAUCAGAUUGGAGUUCGUUGCAGAAGGUUUGAUUUAAGAAUUUCAAGUUUCCUGGCCUGGCUAACAACCCAAUCAGAUACAAACAUUUUCCAUGCAGGGACUUCAUUAAAGGGUGGAAAGGUCUACUCAAGUGGAGGGCGAGUAAUAGCGGCUUCAGCAACCGCCGAUACCCUGGAGGAUGCGGUUUUGAAAGCUUAUGAGGGAAUGAAAGCUAUCAAUUUCAAGGAUAUGUUUUACCGGAAAGAUAUUGCUCAUAGGUACACACACCUUCUUUUCCACACCGCUCAAACAAUUAAAAUUAGCUAAACCCUCUCAAGGGCCUUUAAUCUGGCGGCACCAGUGGAAGCUAUGACUUACACGGGCGCUGGCGUAUCUAUAGACAGUGGCAAUGCUCUUGUCCAGAAAAUCAAAAGCGCCGUACGUUCCACAAGGACGGCUGGGACUGAUGCAGAGAUCGGUGGUUUCGGUGGCCUUUAUGACCUGAAGGCUGCUGGGUAUGAGGAUGCAUUAUUGGUUGCUGGGAUCGAUGGCGUUGGGACAAAACUCAAGAUUGCCUGUGCACUCAAUAAGCAUCGCGCCGUGGGUAAGCAAUAUAGAUGUCUAUGUUAGGCUCGCACUCUGACAUCCCACAGGUAUCGACCUUGUAGCUAUGAGUGUCAAUGACCUCCUUGCACAGGGAGCAGCCCCACUAUUCUUCCUUGAUUACUAUUCCACCAGCAAGCUUGACGUUGAGCAAGCCGCCGAAUUCAUCGAAGGUGUUGCCGAGGGCUGCAAGCAAGCUAACUGCGCUCUUAUCGGCGGUGAGACUGCCGAAAUGCCUGGGAUGUACGCUCUAGGCGACUACGAUGCCGCCGGCUGUGCGAUUGGCGCCGUCAAGCGAAAUGAUCUCCUACCAAAGCUGAAGGACAUGGCUGAGGGCGACCUCCUCGUGGGUGUUGCAUCAAACGGGGUGCACUCCAACGGAUGCUCCCUAAUCCGCAAGAUUGUCGAGAAGAACAACCUAGACUUGAGCGCGCCUGCCCCAUGGAAUAGCUCCACUACAAUCGGCGAGGAAUUUCUGAUCCCGACAAGGAUUUACGUCAAACCACUCUUGAAGCUAUCCAACAAGGGUCUUAUCAAAGGCAUGGCGCAUAUAACCGGCGGCGGACUGACCGAAAAUAUCCCUCGUAUGCUCCCUGAUCACCUGGCCGCAGAAGUCGAUGUUUCGACAUGGCCUCUGUCCCCCUUGUUCAAGUGGCUCAAGCGGGCUGGAAAUGUAGCUUCUCCUGAGUUCGGAAGAACAUGGAAUACCGGCCUCGGUUUCGUGAUUGUUGUGUCUGCGACAGAACAGGAGCGGGUUCUCCAAAUUCUUGAGGGAGAGGGCGAGAAGGCGUGUGUCGUUGGGAAGUUGGUAGCUAGAAGCUCCUCCGAGGGAUGCGUUUUGAAGAACCUGCAGAGCUGGGACUGAACUGAGUUUUAAAGGCUUGGUUGCUUGCUUGAUGUUAGACAGAAGCGAUUGUUUUUAAAUUUACGGAUUCCUGGGGCAUUUUGGGAAUCAUUAGAUAUC